GCGCCGCCCGGCUCGGCCCUCUCGCUCCGCACCCGCAGCUGCCCGCGUCCGCGCGUCCUCCCGCACCAUGUCGGUGGCCGGGCUGAAGAAGCAGUUCCACAAAGCCACGCAGAAAGUGAGUGAGAAGGUCGGAGGAGCAGAAGGAACCAAGCUAGAUGAUGACUUCAAGGAGAUGGAGCGGAAAGUGGACGUCACCAGCAGGGCUGUGAUGGAAAUAAUGACGAAAACAAUUGAAUACCUUCAACCCAAUCCAGCGUCCAGGGCUAAGCUCAGCAUGAUCAACACCAUGUCAAAAAUCCGUGGCCAGGAGAAGGGGCCAGGCUACCCUCAGGCAGAAGCACUGCUGGCAGAGGCCAUGCUCAAGUUUGGAAGAGAGCUGGGAGAUGAUUGCAACUUCGGUCCAGCACUUGGAGAGGUAGGGGAAGCCAUGAGGGAACUCUCAGAGGUGAAAGACUCUUUGGACAUGGAAGUGAAGCAGAAUUUCAUUGACCCACUUCAGAAUCUUCAUGACAAAGAUCUGAGGGAGAUUCAGCACCAUCUAAAGAAGUUGGAAGGGAGGCGCCUGGACUUUGAUUAUAAGAAGAAACGGCAAGGCAAGAUCCCAGAUGAAGAACUCCGUCAAGCUCUGGAGAAAUUUGAUGAGUCUAAAGAAAUUGCUGAGUCAAGCAUGUUCAACCUCUUGGAGAUGGAUAUUGAACAAGUGAGCCAGCUCUCCGCGCUUGUGCAAGCCCAGCUGGAAUACCACAAACAGGCAGUGCAGAUUCUGCAGCAGGUCACUGUCAGGCUGGAGGAAAGAAUAAGACAAGCUUCCUCUCAGCCUAGAAGAGAAUAUCAGCCUAAGCCACGAAUGAGCCUGGAGUUUUCUACUGGAGACAGUACUCAGCCCAAUGGAGGUCUCUCCCACACGGGCACACCCAAACCUUCAGGAGUCCAAAUGGAUCAGCCCUGCUGCCGAGCUCUGUACGACUUUGAACCUGAAAACGAAGGAGAGCUGGGUUUUAAGGAGGGCGAUAUCAUCACACUCACUAAUCAGAUUGAUGAAAACUGGUAUGAAGGAAUGCUUCACGGCCACUCGGGCUUCUUCCCCAUUAAUUAUGUAGAAAUUCUGGUUGCCCUGCCCCAUUAGGAUGUUACGCUGGCUGGCUCACUUCCUUUUGACCCAGAUAGUUCAGUUUAACCACUGCUUUGGUAAUGCUGCUUACAAUACAUCUCAAAUGCAGGCCGCAGUGGACCACGUCAUCGAGCCCACCAGUGUUUGGGUUGACUUGUGUGAUCCCACAGGAGUCAUGGUGAUGGAUGGUAUCUUCUGAGCCCAGUGGGGCAUGGCAUGUGCUUUUAAAUACCAUCUGAGACUAGCCAGUAGUCACAGAACUGCUGUUUACACGGUUCUCAGGAGGCCAUGGUUUCUUGAAAUUAUGACCAUGAGCCACAUCACGGAAAAACCAUCCUACUGAAGAUAUUGUCUAUCACCCAGGGGCCAUCUCCGCACCCCAGGUUCCCCAUUUACAGAGGAGCAAGUUCUUGCUUUCACAUUGUCCCUUCCCAAAUAUGUGAGUCACAGAAUUGUCAAAAAGACAAGCCUCCCUCACCAGCAAAUUGUCUUCUGGUCUAAGUGAGUUAUUCUCUUGAUGCCAGCAGUAGAAACAUAUUGAUUGUGGGUUCAAGGCAUUCUCUGAAAAUGGCCACCUUUGUUCACCUCACUUUAGCCUGUUCCUGAGGCACAGCUAGUUUUCUUCCCACCCUGCUGUUACAGCCCUCCAAGGGAUUCUUGUUUAUUUCCGGAUGAGACCGUGAGCAAUCAGCAUAUUGUGGAAGGGGCAGAAAAGAGAAAAUUCUCCAUGAGGGAGAAUGGGGAAGAGAUCUGGUUUCCAAGCUUAAACUCUUACUGUACAGAGCCAUGUAUAUAUUUAGACUAUUUCUGAAUGGUACAAGGAAUGGGGGAACAGCUAACUAUCUUCUCUUCAUUUCUGUUUAUGAAUUAACACGUUUUAUGAAUCCAUUUGGCACAGAGACAUAAAGAGAAAAAUCACUAGUAACCAUUUCCCCACUACUUCAGAGGGCAGGAACAGUAAAUGUCUCUUUUCUCCACUGUCACCUUGUGUUCCUUGGACAUCAUUUGUGCAUAUUCUGCCCUCAAUGAGGACCAAAUAAAGAUGAUCUUUGUGCUUA